GGACAAAAUGGAAAAAACGAUGUUUCCUGUGUUUCUAUUGAGUUUUUUAUGCCAAUUUUGUGGUUUUAGAAAAGACAAGGAGUGUAGCAAUGGAUUGUAUUGUCUUUGGGAUAUAUAAGAGAUGGAAAUUUCUGGGAAAAGUUAAUUCUUUUGCCGGGUUUAUUGUCCCGGUUGGAAAGUGAUUACUCAUAGUGCAUAUGCAUCAUGGCUGCCUUUAGUCCCGCAUUUCAUUGUCAAUCUAGUACGUUUUCUUUGUUCUAUCCAUUCAAUCUUCGGUACUUUUGUAGAUGAGGGUGCAUUGAAAAAAAAGUGUGUGUGGGAAAAUCUGUAAAUUUUCCAGUGAAAAAAGACCGCGGUGUGUCCAAUAUUGGCCUCUAUCCGUAGUCAAUCGGCCUGUGCUGUGGUAUAUGUGUUAUUGAGUGAUUUUUAGUGGUGAAAUUUGUGGGGUAUUAGGGAUAUUGUGAAGAGAGAUAGACAGAAAAAAAGAAGUGCUAAAACGCGUGGAAUUUGGGGCUCGAGUCACACGCGUCUACGGAAAAUCCUUCACUCCAUUCGGCCCUGUGCGUCCGAUGUCUAGUGGUUUUGCUGAAAAUUCCGUUGAUCCCCCAGCCGCCAAGAAGCGGAAGCUGCCUUCAACUGCAUCGUCGUCGUCAACUUCCUCAGAUCAAAUGGCGAAGAACAAUGGAUCGACUUCGCUUGAACAUGAAGCUGCUCAGGCCGGAGAUAUCGACGAGGGUCUCUACUCGCGUCAGCUCUAUGUCCUGGGUCACGAUGCUAUGCGUCGCAUGGCUAAAUCUGAUGUUCUCAUCUCGGGAUUGGGGGGUCUGGGUGUAGAAAUUGCCAAGAAUGUCAUUCUGGGCGGUGUCAAAUCCGUCACACUCCACGAUGAACAAUUGUGCACCCUGCAGGAUCUCAGUUCGCAGUUUUACCUCACGGAGGACACCAUUGGUCAGAAUAGGGCUGAAGCCUGUUGCCAGCAACUGUCUGAGCUCAAUAGCUACGUGCCCACAAAAUCCUACACUGGACCCCUCACCGACACCUUCCUCCGACAAUUCCACUGUGUUGUCCUCACGGAAUCCACCCUGGCCGAGCAGGAACGCAUCUCCCAGAUCACCCAUGCCAGCAACAUCGCUCUCAUCAUCGGUGAGUCCCGUGGGCUCUUUGCCAAGGUCUUCUGUGACUUUGGGGAUAAUUUUGUGGUCUACGACAAGGAUGGAGCCAAUCCUGUGUCAGCCAUGGUGGCCAGCAUUUCCAAUGACAAGGAGGGCAUAGUUACAUGCUUGGACGAAACUCGCCAUGGCCUCGAGGAUGGGGAUUACGUGACAUUUUCCGAGGUUCAGGGCAUGACGGAGCUCAAUCACUGUGAACCACGUAGAAUUACCGUUCUUGGUCCCUAUACCUUCAGUAUUGGUGACACAAGUUCGUGCUCCCCCUACGUCCGUGGGGGCAUUGCCACGCAAGUCAAAAUGCCCAAAUCCAUCAAAUUCCGAGCUUUCACGGACACCCAAAAGGGUCCCCUUGAGAAUUUCAUCUUCUUCGAUUACGGCAAAUUUGACCAUCCGCGUCAGAUUCACGUGGCCUUCAAGGCUCUCCAUGAAUUCCUAGCUCAGCAUCAGCGAAUGCCAACGCCAUGGAAUGAUGCCGAUGCCAAGACCUUCCUGGAAUUGGCCAAGCAACAGGGAGAGGAUGAUCUCAAUGAGUCUCUCCUAAUGACUUUUGCAAAGGUUUGUUCUGGCGAUCUCAAUCCCAUCAAUGCUUCCAUUGGCGGAAUAAUUGCUCAGGAAGUGAUGAAGGCAUGCACUGGAAAAUUCACUCCGAUUUAUCAGUAUCUCUAUAUUGAUGCCCUUGAGUGUUUGACCAAUCUCAAUCCCACUGAAGAGGAUUGCAAGCCAAUUGGUUCACGCUAUGAUCGUCAAAUUGCCGUAUUGGGCAAGACGUUCCAGGACAAAUUGGGUUCCCUGCGCUACUUCAUUGUGGGCAGUGGGGCAAUUGGGUGUGAGUUGCUGAAGAACUUUGCCAUGAGUGGUAUUGGGGCUGGAGAGGGAGGCAAAGUUGUGCUGACGGACAUGGAUCUGAUUGAAAAGUCCAAUUUGAACAGGCAAUUUCUCUUUAGGCCACACGAUGUGCAGAAGCCAAAAUCGGGCACUGCAGCUGUUGCGGUGAAACGCAUGAAUCCCAAUGUCAAUGUUGUGGCACAUGAGAAUCGAGUUGGCGUUGAGACGGAGCAUGUCUAUGAUGAUAAGUUUUUCAAUGAAUUGGACGGAAUUGCCAAUGCAUUGGAUAAUGUCGAUGCUAGGAGCUAUGUUGAUCGUCGUUGUGUGUACUACAGGAAGCCACUGAUUGAAUCUGGAACAUUGGGUACAAUGGGCAAUAUUCAGGUGAUUGUGCCGUAUCUCACGGAAUCCUACAAUUCAAGUCAGGAUCCACCGGAGAAGAGUAUUCCAAUUUGUACGCUCAAGAAUUUCCCAAAUGCCAUUGAGCAUACGUUGCAGUGGGCAAGGGAUAUUUUUGAGGGGGUUUUCAAGCAGGCAGCUGAAAAUGCCUCUCAGUACAUCUCUGAUCCCAGUUUCAUUGAACGCGUGAUUAAAUUACCUGGACUGCAGCCGUUGGAGACGCUGGAGUCGGUGAAGGCAGCUUUGGUGGAUGAUAAGCCACAUUCAUUCCAUGAUUGUGUGAAGUGGGCUCGAUUCCACUGGCAGGAACAAUACUCAAAUCAAAUUCAGCAGCUUCUGUUCAAUUUCCCGGCUGAACAGACCACAUCCAGUGGUGAGCCAUUUUGGUCGGGACCCAAGAGGUGCCCCAGUCCCUUGGUCUUUGAUCCCAAUGACAGCCUACACUUGAGCUAUAUCUAUGCUGCAGCUAAUCUCAAGGCUGAGAUGUACGGGAUUCCACAGGAACGCAACAAGGACGUGGUCAGGGAGAUUGUCAGCACAAUUCAGGUGCCGCAAUUUGUGCCACGUUCAGGUGUAAAAAUUGCUGUGACUGAUGCAGCAUUGCAACAGGAACAGAAUGGCAGUGACAAUAUUGAUCAUGAUCGUGUGAAGGAGAUAUUGACUGAAUUGGGAAAGAUGGGAAAGCCCAAUUUCCGUAUAACACCGUUGGAAUUUGAGAAGGAUGACGAUACAAAUCUCCAUAUGGAUUUCAUUGUGGCAGCAUCAAAUCUUCGUGCUACCAAUUACAAAAUUCAACCGGCCGAUCGUCACAAAUCCAAAUUGAUUGCGGGCAAAAUUAUUCCUGCAAUUGCAACAACAACAUCCGUCGUUGCGGGAUUUGCUGUUCUUGAGAUCUUCAAAUUGGCUCAAAACUGCAAGGAUUUGUCAGCGUAUAAGAAUGUCUUUACAAAUUUGGCCCUGCCGCUGUAUACGCUGUCGGAACCGAUGCCAGCACCAAAGAAUACGUACUACGAUAUCGAAUGGACAUUGUGGGAUCGUUUUGAGGUGACUGGUGAAUUGACUCUGGCGGAAUUUCUGGAGUAUUUCAAGAAUGAGCAUAAAUUGGAGAUUACGAUGCUGUCCCAGGGGGUUUGUAUGCUCUAUUCAUUUUUCAUGCAGAAGGCCAAGUGUCAGGAGCGAAUGGGGCUGUUGAUGUCGGAAGUGGUGAAGAAGGUGUCCAAAAAGAGGAUUGAACCACAUGUAACAGCAUUAAUUUUUGAGAUAUGCUGCAAUGAUGAUACAGGCAAUGAUGUUGAAGUUCCAUAUGUCCGAUACACUCUGCCGUAGUCUUGAACAUUUUUUUGUUUAUUUUAUUUUUUUUUUGAAGGAUGAUUUACAAAUGAUUUUUUCUUUUCUUUUCUAAAAUGAAGAAAAAAAACACAAUUGAAGUAUAAAUAAUAAACGAGCAAUUAAAAAUAUCGAUGGAUUUAUUUGCACACUCCCCCGAGCAAAUGAAGAACGUAUAAAGGAGAGAAAAAAAAGAGAAAACAAAAUAAUAAUAAUAAAAAAAGAAAGGAUUUUCAACACAGAAGAGAAAAUAUAAUCUGAAAGUUUUAUGUGAGGCGAGCACUUAGCGAAAGAAAAAGAAAAUAUCUAUAAUGAAACAGUAAUACAUUUAUUUUUAAAUAAUUUAUUAAGUAACAUUGGCUAGAUUUCCCAUUAACAGAAGCUCUCAUGCGUUUGUCCUUAAAUCCCUGACAUCCUAUCAAUUUGAUGAUGGGAAGGACAUGGUAAGAAAAAAAAAUCAGCAGAGUUUUCUGGGAAGAUUUUCAGCGAUUAUAAAUGCUUAUAGCCACUUAACACUAAAUAUUUAGGUUUUUUUUUUCAUUAAAAUUUUUGAGAAAUUGUGUCUUUUCUAAUGAUUUUUUUUUAAAUUAAUAAGAAUUUCACAAAAAAUUGCUAUUAUGAGAGAGAAAGAGAAAAGUUUUCAAUAAAUUUCUGGUGAAUUGAUACAAAAAAAAAAA